GACGGGUUUCCCUGCAGAGAGCGGGGCGGAGAGAGCUGCGGGCGGGGAGAGCCGCGGGGUCCCAAAAGCCAGAGCUAAGCUAAGGCCCCGGGUCCAGCCUGCACCAUGCAGAACCGCAGCGGCAGGAAAGCCUUCGACAGCAUCUGUCCCAACAGGGUGCGAGAUCUGUGCAGCCGGCUAGGCAAGAAGCCCGCCAAGCUCGAGAGGAAGGUGCGUUUGGGAGACGGUCCCGCGCCGCGGAAGAGCUUUGCCAGCCCCACUCCAGCGGCGGUUUACAGUGAGCAGCCUCCCGACACUGUAGAGCUAGCACUUGCCACUAUCGACUGGCAAGAUUUAGCAGACUGCACCUCGGUCUUUCAGCAGGAGCCUUCUAGUGCUGCAGCUGCUCCGCAGAGCCACUGCUUGCAACCUGAACCCGAGUUCGACUUCCAGGAGUUCAGAGAUGCUGUCGAUAGUUUUAUAUGUGACCCAUCCUCCUUAAUGCCACCUCCACUGGACACUGCGGAUUUCACGUUCCCUCUCGGCAACGGAUCAGCCUUUAGCCCUUGUAUUCAACGGUCACAAAACAAUCCUCUUCCGCACAUGAACUUGCAAAACUCCGCGGAACAGUACUGGAAAGAUGUGGCAGACCAAAACCAGAAAGCGUUAGGGGAUGCACUGGUGGAAAAUAAUCAGCUGCACGUGACAUUAACCCAAAAGCAGGAAGAGAUCACUUCCCUGAAGGAAAGAAACGUGCAGCUGAAGGAGCUAGCCAGCCAGGCGAAGCAGCUGGCCUGUGUGCUCGAUAAACUGAUGAUCCACCAGUCCAAGGAGGGGGCCGACGCUUUCCUUCCCAGGAGCUCAGCUAAGAGAAGCCUGGAGCAGCUGUACGCGGCCAGGCAGGAGGACUGCGCAGAAGUGGAUGAACUCCUGAGGGAAAUAUCAGACACUUGUAACGCGGCGCUGCAGACUAUUGAUGAGAACCGAGAGGCGAAGCGCCCUCGGCUGCAGGCGGAGGCAACAGGCGCCCGGGACAGCCAGAGCCGGGCUAUUAAUAUGUACGGGGCGUUCAGCGGACUGCAGACUUGCAGCAGUCGCAGCUCGGUGGAUCUCAGUAACAGCGAGCUGGAGGAAGGCGUGUCUUUCAGGACCUCCAUCACAGAUCACUGCACGAUCCGGACACUAGCUUUCCCCCAAGGAAAUGCUUUCACUAUUAGGACAGCCACCGGGGGCUACAAGUUUAGAUGGGUUCCCAGCUGAGCCAGGAAACGAUCAGCUAACUACACUGGCCAAGGUCUCCAAUGAAAACUUCGCACUGCCUGCACUGGAACUUAGCACUGUUCCGCCUACCCUAGCCCCCCAAGGUGACUUCCACUUACAGGACGUGGUCUGUAGCAGAAACUGGAAGCGAUUUUUUUAAAAGGAAAGGAUACAUUUACCACAAUACAGUUGUGGGUUUUUUUUUUUUAAGCCAUUGUUGUGACCCUUCCAACUUCUUAGCAGGUUUUGAGAGAUACUUAAAGGGACAGUGUCCAUUUGGAUUUUUUAAAAUCUCUGUAAAGAGUGUGUGUGCCUUGAAACUUUUAAAAAAUUAAUUAAAAUGUGAAUGAGGGGUUCUCUGCUCCCCUGUUGACGUUUGCGAGGGUCUUUUCAGCAACUAACUAAUUACACAGGGGAAACAACAAAAAUGACUGUACACACUAGUCAAAUACACACCCCAAACGAACGGAAAAAAAAUUGCCUUAGCAACUUCCUUCAGUUAUAGUGAUCGUGGGUAUUGUAACUAGAGCCAGUAGAACAUUUUCAGACAGAAAUGUGACUUUCAAAUUGUUAGUGUCCCUUCACAGACAAUAAUUAUUUAUUAUCGGUAAUAUUACUGUUGUUGAGAUAUCUUUGAAAAAUAUAUUGCCUGGUUUCUCUCACAGCAAUUUUGCUAGAACGAAUGUGAGGUUAUAAAAUAGUGAUUUUAUAUAGCAUCUUUGGAAAUGCACACACUAUCUGAAGUAUAUUAAGCAUACAACACUUUAUUAUUACUGGAAUUUUAAAUCCAGGAAGUUUACAAGAUCACAUUUAGACACUGAUUGACUUGUAUACAAUUGUAAAUGUAUUUUUACAGCUACUGUGAGCACUAAAUGGUUUUGUACAUUAAAUUAUAAUGGA